UGUUCUUUGGUCAAGAUCAACAAAUGCUGUUUACUUACGUAUCUAUUGAAAUGGCAAUUACGCCAUUUGAUGGCUGAGGCGCACAUGAGCAGUCGCGUUUGCGCAGGCCGGAUGGAGAAAAGGCUAGUUGGAAAAGCUGUCGCUCCAGUCGGGCUAUUACACUCACAAAAAUUUCGCUACAGUGCUACCUGUUCGAUGGACAAUGGAAAUCAACCUUUUGCUACUGUAUAGAUUGUGCUUUGUGUGCAUUUGUCUAUUCACAGGGGUCAG